AUGUUAACAGUAAGCGUGAAGUGGCAGAAGAAGGUGUUUGAAAGUAUCGAGAUUGAUACGAGCCAGCCUCCUUUGGUUUUCAAGGCUCAGUUGUAUGAUUUGAGUGGAGUACCACCAGAGCGGCAAAAGAUCAUGGUCAAAGGUGGACUUUUGAAGGACGAUGCAGAUUGGUCCACAAUGGGACUGAAAAAUGGUCAAAAGUUGAUGAUGAUGGGAACUGCGGAUGAAAUAGUGAAGGCUCCAGAGAAAGGUCCUGUCUUUAUGGAGGAUCUUCCUGAAGAAGAGCAGGCCGCUAAUCUGGGUUACAGUGCUGGCCUAGUCAAUCUUGGCAACACCUGCUACAUGAACUCCACGAUGCAGUGUUUAAAAUCUGUCCCAGAGCUGAAAUCUGAAUUAGUCAAUUACCAAUCUGCUCGAAACAAGGAUGUGGAUCAGACUUCUCACAUGCUCACUGUUGCAACCCGUGAGUUAUUUAGUGAGCUUGAUAAAAGUGUCAAGGCUGUUGCACCUAUGCCGUUCUGGAUGGUGUUACAGAAAAAAUAUCCUCAGUUUGCUCAGUUGCAUAAUGGAAAUCACAUGCAACAGGAUGCUGAAGAAUGUUGGACGCAAAUGUUGUUCACUCUUUCCCAGUCCCUAAAAGCUCCAUCGCCUAGCGAAGAUCCUGAUGCUGUGAAGGCCCUUUUUGGUCUCAACCUUCGGAGCAGGUUGCAUUGCCAAGAAAGUAGCGAAGAAAGUUCAGAGACUGAAUCUGUCUAUUCUCUGAAAUGCCAUAUAUCACAUGAGGUGAACCACUUGCAUGAAGGAUUAAAACAUGGACUGAAAGGAGAACUUGAAAAAACAUCUCCUGCUCUGGGCCGCACUGCGGUUUACAUUAAGGAGUCUCUCAUAGAUUCCUUGCCAAGGUACUUGACUGUUCAGUUUGUGAGAUUCUUCUGGAAAAGGGAGAGUAAUCAGAAAGCAAAAAUUCUCCGGAAAGUGGAUUACCCAUUGGAGUUGGAUAUAUUUGACCUUUGUUCUGAGGAUCUUCGAAAGAAACUGGAAGCUCCUCGCCAGAAACUUAGAGACAUCGAAGGUCAAAAGCUUGGUCUACAACCCAGUGCAAAGAGCAGCUCAAAGAGUGAUGAUGUGAAAAUGACCGAUGCUGAGGGAUCAUCAAGCGGAAGUGGCGAAUCAUCCACAGGUCACAAACAGGAAGGUGGUUCGUUACACAUGACUGGAAUCUAUGACCUGGUCUCGGUGUUGACCCACAAAGGCAGGAGCGCAGACUCUGGACAUUAUGUUGCAUGGGUCAAGCAAGAGAGUGGUAAGUGGGUUCAAUACGACGAUGCCAACACGAGCCUUCAACGCGAAGAGGAUAUAACUAAACUCUCUGGAGGAGGUGAUUGGCAUAUGGCAUACAUCGUUAUGUACAAGGCUCGUCUCGUCUCCAUGUGA